AUGCGCUCGGGCGGCCAUCUCAGCCGUCGGGUAAGUCCCGAGCCAUAUCCUCCGCUGCUCCGCCGGCUCGCGGACCUCGCACACCCACUUGCCGGAGCUCCGGCGCCGAACGCCGCGGUAGACUGGGUGGCGGGUCUCCUUGAACUUUUUCCGGCCGGCGCGCUUCUUAGGGUGGCUGGCGGCCAGGAUCACCUCCUCGUCGGAGUGGAUGUUGCGGUGUGUGUAUAUAUAUGUUUUUUGGGGAUACGCCAUGAACGCGGGGAAGCUGAGGAGAUUUGGUGGGUGGGUGCCAACGUGGCGGGAGCUGGAAAAGAGGUGCUCGAGCCUUCCCUGCGACACGUGAACGGAGGGCUGCUCACUGGAAGAAUCCUUGCCCGGACAGAGGAAUCCCGCACAGAUGGUCCCGGCGAUGAACUGAGGGGACGACGGGCGAUCGAAGGGCUGGAGUUAAUCGCACGAUGGGGCUGGUGGUGCGCACGAACAGGAAGAAGACGUCACUGCUGGACUCGGGGAAUCUCAGGCGCGCUGCUGCUGGGUGUAUCGCCGGAGGAGGAGGGCUCGCGGAGGAGUGCAGCAGCGACGGCGGCUCGCGGAGGUGCAGUUGCAGGCGGCGGUGAGGAAGGGUGA